CCCUACAUCAUUCUGACGGGCCUUCUCUCCUUGAAUUAUCGGUUCUUCAACAUCCAUCCCUUCCUUCGACACCCUUAUUCAUUCUCUUUUGACUACCUAGUCUGCCAAUGGAUAUCCCUGAAGUGCAGAUUUCCGGGCUUGAUGGCUCUCAUGGUCCCGGAAACGCGCAAAAAGCGGAAAUGCGCGACGUGGACAUGGAUUCGAGUCAACACGUAACACCAAUGAAUGAUGCUACGGGACAUGAUGUACCCCUACCAAGUGCAACAGAGCUGGAACAGAUAUCCACGGACGAAGUGGCGCCUCUUAAAAGAAACCCUGGUCUUCAGUUUCUUGAAUACUUGACGUCGCCUAUUGUGGAACUUACUAUAGGAAAAGGAGAAACCAACACCACUCUAACAGCUCACCAAAGACUACUUCUGGAAUCGCCCUUCCUUGCUGAGAGAGUCGCAGUAUUUGAUGGCUCGGGGCCUCGCCGCAUUGAGCUUCCCGACGAAGAUGUAGAGGCCUUUGGCUCUUUCCUCCAGUUCCAAUAUACCGGCAACUAUGACAGCUCUCUAGCGGAUGCCUCGAAUGACAAAGACGCUGCUGUGGGAGAAAUCGAUAAUAGUGGUGAGCAACUACUGAAACACGCACGCGUUUACACCUUGGCAGAAAAACUCGGGAUACCAGCACUGAAGACCUUGGCCCACUCAAAGAUUCACCGUGUGAACAGCACUUCACACGGUGAGAUUGCGUAUGCUCGAUACGUAUAUACGUAUACCCCAGCUAACGAUGUUGCGAUUCGGAGACCCGUAGCAUCUUUCUGGGCUUUAAGAAGCCAUGUUUUACGGCAUGAAGCUGAAGAGGAAUUCAGGAAGCUAUGCCUUGAGGUUCCCGAGUUCUGCUUUGAUGUAUUCAGCAUGGUACUUGACCAUAAAGAAAAGCGCGCUCAAGAUAAAGCUGAAUCUGAGUCUGCUAUUAAGGGAAGUGGGAGAAAACGACUCAGGAGUGGUCUGUAGCUGGGCACUGUAAUCAUCUUCAAUUAAGGGCGCUUGCUGUCUGACAACCUGGUUUAUAAAUGUUAUUACCCCAGGCGGAGUUCGCAUUUUCUACAUCCUCUCUUUUUGCUGUUCUUUUUCUUUUCGGGAAACGCAAUUAUACCAUGAUCCUGCAUAUAACUUGUACUCAAAUCAACACAACAAUUCCACUAGUUGAAUGACUUCUAGCUAGUAGUUAGGGUGGA